AUGACUGAGAACAAUUUAUUCCAAUUUGCCCAGGUGAUUACAGACAUGCCGAUGCACCAUUCAACAUCUCAUCAAGAAGACACCCUUAUGAGGACUCGCCUCCAGCCUCCUGUGAUGCAACUCCACAGUGGACAACCUCGUUUGGCAGUUCGCAAGUAUUACGGGACAGAUUGUGAGUGUAAUGAGAUGCAACCCCGCCGAGGAAAGAACUUGCCAGAAGGAAGUCUUGAUUCAAGAGCCAAAAAGCUGAAUCCUCAAGACAAGGAAGACCAUGAUUUUACAAUGGGAUGGUUGUCCGAGAAUGCGCAUGCGAUAUUCCGCAAAGAAGACGGGAGUGUACAGGGUCUUCGUCAUCUGUCGGAGGUGUCACUGUGCAAGGCUCACUCGAGCACGCUGUACCGGGCCAAGAAGCGGUUUGAACGCAGCAAGGCCCCGCCCUCACCCGCCGACUCGAAUGGAAUGGACAUAACCGAGGAUCACCGCCACCAACAGCAACAGCACAAUCAUCAUCAACAGCAGCAGCAGCAGCAACAACAGCAACAGCAACAGCAACAACAGCCUACCCCUUACUUGGACCCCUAUCCAUAUGCAGUUCACCACCAACAUCCAUUGGCCGAGGUAGUCAACGGUGGACUUGCUGCCAAAGUUAGAGAAAUCUCUUACCAAGACAACCACUACCGUCACGAACCAUCGCCUGAUUUUUCAUCCAUGACACCCUCGACCUCUCUCAAGCGCAAGAGACUCAACAAACACAUGGAUCACAAACUUCACCAGUCGGCCUCUACUCCGCUCUAUGCAUCCUCGACCGCCUUUCUUUCUCAUCACCAUCCUCCCUCGCCAUCUGUGUCUGUUCAACCAUCUGCCAAUCCGCGCUCUCCUCAUCCUCAUUCUCACCCUCCUCCUCUUCCUCCUACUUCCUCUACUUCUUCUCAUCAUCAUAAUCAACAACUUCAACAGCAACAACAACAGCAACAGCAACAGCAACAACCUCCUCCACCUCCACCUCCACAAUCGUCAUCGUCAUCACAUCAUGACAGUUUUUCAUCCCAGCUUCCACCUCUUCAUUCUCGCUCGCAUACUCUUGCUUCUUUACCUCAGCCUCAUAUAUCAAUCACUCCUUCUCCCUCAAUGCCGUUGUCUCCCCCUCCGGCAGUCGAGACGGUUUCUCUCCGCAGUGUACCUCAGUCAGACUCGUCGCCAAUGUAUUACAUCCGCAACCUCGCAAUCACAGACGCCUUUACCUUUCGAGACCUCCUGGCUGAGCUCGACAUGACAGGAUCCCCUCCCGCAGGAAAACGUAUCAUUGUCUCCAAUGCGAAAAAUGACCUUGUCUUUCCUUUGGAUCAGGCCAUCCGGAGUGUCAUUCGUCGUCCAACCACUUCCCAUGUUGAACUCUGCCUUGGUUUAGCCGAGAAAACUGCUGUAGACUGGAGUACAUAUUCAUAA